AUGCUGGCGCUUCUCACCGCCAGGGUUGGCACUAACAUUGCCGUGUGCCUCUACGUUAAUCUCUCCUCUUUACCAAAUCGGUGCACAAGUACCUCGGACUGCCACAUGCUGUACACUCUGUGUUCUGUACCUCCUGGAGGUUCUAGAGCAAAACGCCCCCGAGCCCAGUCACCCACGUUCUCCCUCGGUGAUGCCUUACCGACAGGCACAAUCACCGUUGUACUUCAUGCGCCAGCGCUACGAAAUUUUGCGGAAUAAGCGUGUAGCAAUUCAAUUCUCCCCUAUAAUCUUUGAUUGGAGGUUCGUUUCGUCGAUUAUCGACGUCAAAUGAACUCGAUUGUCAGCAAUCAGUUCAUUUUCAUAACAUAGAACACAAACUUUAACUCAUUUGGUCAUUCGAGAAGAUUAAUACAGCAGAAAUGGGGGAUAUUAAGUCCUUUUUGCAUCAGUGGUGCACGAAAAAUGCAAAGGAGCCAUCAUUUGAUGUUCGGCCGACAGGCCCGAAGCACCGUCAGCGUUUUCUUUGCGAGCUCCGCAUCAACGGUUUCGACUACGUCGGAGCAGGCAACUCGACGAACAAGAAGGAUGCCCAGGGCAAUGCGUCCCGGGACUUCAUCAACUAUCUUGUACGUACGGGUAAGGUGAACGCAAAGGACGUCCCAGGGGACGCGACGACUCAGCCUCCAACACCAGCAGUGGACAACCAGUCCCCUUCGAUGAACCAGUCCACUAGCAGACCCGUAUUCCAGGACGGAAUGGGUCCAAACGACAUUGGUCAAGCCUACAUGCCCUACAACCAACGUGGACAGUCCAGCUACACGUACAUGGACAGAAUCGCGGAGCAGGCGAACGUCGCCGAAGCUGAAGAUUGUGAUGUUAACUCCGGAAUUCAUGGCAAUUGGACCAUCGAAAAUGCCAAAUCAAAAUUACAUCAAUUUAUGCAAACAAAUAAGAUUAAUACGGAUUAUAAAUACACCCCAGUGGGUCCUGAUCACACAAGGAGUUUCAUGGCUGAGAUGACGAUCUACAUCAAGCAGCUCGGGAGAAAUGUCACUGGCCGUGAGACCGGGUCGAACAAGCAAACAGCUUCCAAGAGCUGCGCUUUAUCACUGGUACGUCAGUUGUAUCACCUUGGGGUGAUUGAGGCAUUCUCUGGGACUUUAAAGAAGAACAGGGAUGCAGAACAGUUGAAGCCCUAUCCUGUGAAAAUAUCACGCGAGCUUGUGGAUCAGAUAAACGAUGUGCUUGAAGCUCUCGAAAUUCAUCCCAUCGAUGUCAACAUUAAAUUUACACCACACAAUACACAAUCAGAAAACUCUGCCGGCGCACCUUCCACCAGUGCAGGUCUCUCCCUCCUGACAGAUCGUGUCCUCGAGGACUUCAUAUCCUCGAUUCCCCAGUCAGCAGGAGUGGUCAGCUGGUCUCCACCACAACAAAACUGGAACCCCUGGACGGGUUGCAAUAUUGACGAAGGUCCCCUAGCGACAAUAUCCCUGGACAAGCUCUCCACCGACAUGAUGGAGGAGCGGCGUGAGUGUCUUCAAGCUGACAGUCAGCUCCAGCAGAGCAUUCGUGAGAGGGAGAAGCUGCCCGUCUUCAACAUGAGAAACGAAAUAAUGAGCGCGAUCAACGAUAAUCCUGUCGUCAUCAUCAGGGGAAACACGGGGUGCGGAAAGACUACUCAGGUCUGUCAAUUCAUUCUGGAUGAUUACAUCGCUUCUGGUCAGGGUGGCUAUGCAAGCAUUGUGGUGACCCAGCCUCGGAGAAUAUCAGCUGUCUCAGUCUCUGAUCGAGUGGCUGUUGAGCGUUGCGAAGCGCUAGGACAGUCUGUUGGGUAUUCCGUCCGAUUCGAGUCCUGUUUACCUCGUCCCUACGGUAGCAUCAUGUUCUGCACUGUUGGAGUACUGCUGAGGAAGUUAGAACAAGGACUUCGAGGUGUCUCUCAUGUGAUCGUCGAUGAAAUUCAUGAAAGGGACGUUAAUUCUGAUUUCAUUAUGGUUCUGCUUCGUGAUAUGAUACACAUUUAUCCCGACCUCCGGGUUAUUCUCAUGUCUGCUACAAUCGACACAACUCUCUUCAGCGAUUAUUUCAACAAAUGCCCCGUCAUUGAAAUUCCAGGACGAUCUUUUCCUGUACAACGUUAUUUCCUUGAGGACUGCAUUCAACUUACCGACUUCGUGCCUCCUUUGGACACGAGAAAAAGAAAGAAUCGAGAUGCUGAUGAUAUUGAUAAUAAUGAGCCUGAGGAGAAUCUCAAUAAAAUCAUUGCCAAUAAUUACUCUGAAUCCACCAAGCACUCAAUGGCUCAGCUAUCAGAGAAGGAAAUCUCUUUUGAACUGAUGGAGUCCCUCCUGGGGUACAUAAAAAAGCAGGGGAUCCCAGGUGCGGUCCUCAUAUUUCUUCCCGGUUGGAAUAUAAUUUUUGCACUGAUCAAGCAUCUGCAGCAGCACCCACUCUUCGGUGGAUCCAAGUAUCUGAUCCUCCCGCUUCAUUCCCAAUUACCCAGGGAAGAUCAACGCAAGGUCUUCGAUCCUGUUCCCCCAGACGUCACCAAAGUCAUCCUCUCCACGAACAUCGCAGAAACGUCUAUCACAAUCAACGAUAUCGUCUACGUCAUCGACUCUUGCAAGGCGAAAAUGAAAUUGUUUACUUCUCACAAUAAUAUGACAAACUAUGCGACGGUCUGGGCAAGCAAAACAAACCUGGAGCAGAGAAUGGGACGAGCUGGGAGAGUACGUCCAGGGUUCUGCUUCCAUCUGUGCUCGAAAGCAAGGUUCGAUAGAAUGGAACAACACAUGACACCAGAAAUCUUCAGGACACCGCUGCACGAACUAGCUUUGAGCAUAAAAUUGCUGAGACUGGGGAAUAUCAGCAAAUUCUUGUCUAAAGCUAUUGAGCCGCCCCCCAUUGACGCUGUCAUUGAGGCUGAGGUUUUAUUGAGGGAGAUGAAGUGUCUGGACAAGAACGACGAACUAACCCCGUUGGGAAAAAUCCUCGCGAGACUGCCUAUCGAGCCUAGACUGGGGAAGAUGAUGAUUCUGGGCUGCAUGUUCAGAGUUGGAGAUGCUUUGUCAACAAUGGCUGCCAACAGCACGACAUUCCCUGAGGUCUACAACAUGGGGCCAGACAUGAGACGAUUGUCAAUGCAGCAGAAGUGGUUCGCUGGUUCUAGAUACAGCGAUCAUGUUGCUAUGCUUCAUGCAUUCCAAGCUUGGGAGGAGGCGCGAGAUGGGGGAGAAUAUGCAGAACAAACUUUCUGUGAUACCAAAGGCCUGAGCAUGCCGACAUUGAGGGUCACUUGGGAGGCAAAGAACCAGUUGCAGGGGCUGCUGAAGGCUGCUGGUUUCCCUGAGGAGACCUUGUGCCCAACUCCACUGAACUAUCAAGCUGGAGCUGAUGUCAGGCUGGAUACUAUUACAGCGUUACUUUGCAUGGGACUUUAUCCCAAUGUUUGUUAUCAUAAGGAGAAGAGGAGGGUCCUCACCACCGAAUCGAAAGCUGCUUUGAUCCAUAAGACGUCGGUUAACUGCAGCAAUUUUAAUCAAGCUUUUCCCUUUCCUUUCUUCGUUUUUGGAGAGAAAAUCAGGACUCGAGCAGUCUCUUGUAAGCAAACAACUCUCGUCUCUCCUAUUCACCUCCUUCUCUUUGGAUCACGGAAAGUCGAGUACAUCGACGGCUAUGUCAGACUCGACAAUUGGAUCAACCUGGAGAUGAACCCUGAGCAUGCAGCAGCUAUCGUGGCAUUGAGGCCUGCCCUGGAGGGGCUUGUGAUCAGGGCCUCUAAGGACCCUGAGACAAUCUUAGAGCUCAGUCCCGUUCAGGAGAAGGUGUUGGCAGUUAUGAAAGCACUUUGUGGAAUGAAUGCUGGACGUCAUGAGAUGCAGCCCAUUACUGGCGGGGGAUUCAUGUCGAAGAGGCCUCCUAGGGGACAUAUGAGUGGCUUCAGUGGGAAUUGGGGCGGUGGGUUUGGGGGAGGUGGAGGCAAUGGGGGUUAUGGUGGAGGGAGUAAUGGGGGUUAUGGGGGUGGGGAACCAUCCGCCAAGUAUAUGAGAGGUAGUGGAGGCUUCAGGGGAGGAUUUAGGGGAGGAUUCAGGGGCAGAAGAGGAGGCGGCCCUCCAAGGGGAUAUUAUAAUAGGUAUUGAGGAGAGGACGUUCGGAGGGCAAUGUAGAUAAUGGAGAUGAGAAUUUCAAGGGCUGUUACAACAUAAUUAAACUGAAAUUUACAGUUAUCAUUAAUUUUUAAUGUCUAAGCGAUAGAAUCAUCUGAUUGAAUGACUUCAAAUUUUUUUCCUUGGUACAGUAGUAUACAAGGAUAGGUCCUGAUGGAAGAGAAGAUGAUAAGUUGAUUUCUCAUUUCUUGAUUUUCAAUAUAAAAUCAGUGGGCAAAGAAAUGAGGGGCGAAAUUAGAUUAGAGAUUUAAGUCGGGAAAAUUGUACAAAUAGUUAAUUUCUUCGAAAUGGAUUCCUUUGAAAGUUGGACAUUUUGGACAAGUUUAAGAGACAUAUUUGUUAUGUCGUAUUUAAAAAGUAGAUUUGGAGGUGGUCUGACACGCUCUGCUCUCUUACUACUUCAUAACUACUGAGAUUUUUUGAAGACUGUAGCAGUUUAGGGAGCAAUGAAGCCGACAAAGGUCCUGCAGAUGAUAGCGGCGAAAGUUUUUUUCGCAUUUAAGAUGAAGCAUUGAAGUCGUAUUUACAUUUUUCGGAAGGGUAGAGCAAUGAUGACUCAAUGACUUUGUUUAUUUUUUUAGCUUUUUUUUUUUAAUUGGUUGGAGAAUUUCUCGUAAGAGGACAGAACAGAUUAAGUUUAUUUCUAACGACCAAUUUGAAAAAUGUAGACCUCGCGCAGGAAACGACAUAAAAAAAUAUCUUAAAAGACUAAAGGAAUGGACGGGAAUAUUUGAAAUGACUUACUAGAAAAGCAACUGAUAAAUUCAAAAGUUUCUUCUUAAUUUCCGUCAUCUGUUAGAAUUCUUGUUAUUGAAGUAAGGUGACGAUCGUCAUUGGCAUAUUCCAACGAUUAGCUUUAUUUAGUUCAUUAAUUUAUUUGUACCAAAUUAGGUUUAAUCUUCAAGAGAGGCUGAAUACUUCAUUUGUAAGCAUCAAUUAACGCAUGAAACAUUGUAGGAUUUGUACUCCCGAGUAAUCAAUUUUCAUGAAUAAAUUCAAAUGAAUGUUUACUAGAA